CUUCUGUCUUCAAAUAAUCAAUCUGCUUGGUUAACACGAGACACCAGUCAAGGGCAGUUCAAACGACCCAUCGAGACUACGAAGACAACAUCAAUAUCAGAUCCUGGUGGUCUAUGGUUAUAUUCUGUGACAUACUAGAAGGAAUCAGAAUCAGCCAUCGCUUUCUUCCAAUGACGAUGGUAGAUACAGCUCUUGCCCGAAGGUGAAUACCAAUAACAGAGAAACAAGUCAAGAACAGUUCCAAUGAUCUACCAGACACCGAGACAAAGCUUUGAUCUUACACCCUGAUGGAUCUUCGGCUUUUCUACUGGUACCAGUAACGGUACCAGUAACAACCUAUAUGAAGGAUCAUGUCUUCCAAUGGCUUCCUCUCAAACACAAUGCCAGAUAUCUCUUGCUCGAAGACGAUAACAAACAAAAGAAACCAACCAAGGGCAGUUGGAUGACCCGUCUAGACACUGAAGGAAAACCUCGACUUCAAUUGCUGAUGGAUCUCUGACUUAUCUACUGGGGAAGACCAGUAACAACCAGUUAGGAAAUACAUUCCAAGCAAUCUGCAAACUACGUCUUUGAUCCGAAAGAGGAUACUCUAGCCCACACGAAGUCCGGUGUGGCAUCGUACUUCCCAUUAUUAUGCGUCUACUUUCUGUACGCCGCUGCGUCGGACAGCUUACCGACUACGGCUGUAGUAGCGAAGACAUCCCCGGUGUCCGGUACAUGACCAUUGACCUCAAGUUUCCUCGCCGCACGAUCCAAGCCCACAACCGACGCCUUAUCGAGGUGACUGCGAAGAUGGCCAAGCCCGCUUCAUUGUCUGGGUUUGGGUUUGGUUCCAUUGACCCCUUCCUCCAAGUCGAGUCGGUCAGCAAAUACCCUCCUCACUGGACUGGUAUGCUGGGCACGCUGCCUACAGAUGGUGGUGUAGUGUUGCUGAUCAAGCUCUUUCCAACACUGAUGGAUAUUGCCCGGGUAAUCUGGAUGAGCUUCUGUCUGUUAGAGGCGCGGUUGGCUCUCUUUGCACAGUUAAUGCUUUGAUAGCCUGGAUAAUCCUGCCGAUGACAGGCGCUACUCGAGCUCAUAGCUCGGAUGGUUCUGGGAAGUGGUCUGGAAUUGAACCAUUCACUAGAUUGAUUUGUUUUCUAUGAAAGCUG